AUGACAGCCACUACACUUCAAUCACAGUCUUCAACUGCGCAGACUCCAUCUCUAGAUCAAGCUCCCGCUCAUGAUGAGAGGAUAAGUCCAAAUGAUACCGGUUCCAGGCGAACAGGACGUCGAGGCAGAGGAGGAAACAGUGGGAGCGGCGGAAAUGUGAAUACAUCUCGCAAUCGGACAUUGUUUUACGGAAGCGGGAGACGGGGUGGUGACCCGGGUCGCGGGGGACCGGGAGCAAGAACAGGCGCAAUAUCCGGGAGAGGAAGAGGGAGACUGCGAAGUGACGCGUCCAACACAACGAGGACCGUUGCCGGAAUGGGAAGAUUAUUCGGCGGACGGUUGACACGGGAAGAACCACAGACAGCUGACGAUGGUGGAAGUGAUAGAUCACUCGUGCAAGGGGAGCAGGCCACACUACGACCUAAUGCUCCAGAAUUUAUACCUGGAGUUCACGUAGCUACAACUACACCUACACCUACAACGACGUCGACUCAUACCCCUACGCGGAACCGGGAAAGAACGAGACAACCAAAGCCUCCAAAAGCGAAAUCUACAGCGAUCGACAUUGCCACUCGCACACAUGAGGAUAUCACCAACGGUGUCUACGAAUGCCCCAUAUGCACAAGCGAACUUGGUCGGAAGACGAAAGUGUGGUCCUGCUCGUUAUGCUGGACUGUUUUCCAUCUCAGCUGCAUAAAGAAAUGGUCGAAUAACGAGGGUUCGGUAAUGGCAAGGCCAAGACAACAGCAAGGCCAGGAUGGCCAUGGCCACCCGCGACAAUGGCGCUGUCCGGGAUGCAACUUACCCCACGACAUUUUGCCAUCGACGUAUAGCUGUUGGUGUGAGAAGGAGACGGAUCCGCGACCCUUGCCUGGAUUGCCGCCCCAUUCCUGCGGGCAAACCUGCUCCAAGGCCAGGAAAGGGUGCCCCCAUCCCUGCGAUUCUCCAUGCGGCGAGCUAUUGCCCUGUCUCGAACAUAAGUGUGCUCGUCCUUGUCAUGAAGGUCUUUGCGGCGCCUGUGAGGAGACAAUUGAGGCAAAAUGUUACUGUGGAAAGUCUCAGACGAAAAUGAUGUGUAGUAAUCGGGAGGAGGAAAAGCACAGUUGUCUUACCCAUGGCAAGGGCACGUCCGAAGAAACAGUAGAGGAAUGGGUAGGCUGUUUCGAUUGCAGAGAAAUAUGCGAUCGCGCCUACGACUGUGGAAUACAUACAUGCCGGAAACGGUGCCAUCCACAGGAUGCGGCUGUGCCACAUUGUCCUAGUUCUCCCGAUGUUAUAACCCAUUGUUCUUGUGGGAAAACACCUUUAUCAGAUAUUCCAGGUUACGUGGCUCGAACAUCGUGUCAAGAUCCAAUCCCAAACUGCAAAGAACCAUGUGGGAGGCUUCUUCCAUGCCAGCAUGAAUGCCCCAUUCUCUGCCACGCUGGUCCCUGCCCGCCUUGUUUCUUGAAGGUAUCCAUAACCUGCAGAUGUGGAAAGGGUGUGUUCCAAUCAAUAUGCAAUCAAGGGGCAAGUGAACCACCUCAUUGUUUCCGGGUGUGUAAAGCCACGAUGAACUGUGGGAGGCACACUUGCGGUGAGCAUUGCUGCCCCGGUGAGCGCAAGGCAAUUGAACGACAAGCGACGAAGCGAAAGCUAAAGUCCCUCAAUGUUGCCAAUCGCCCUAAUGACCAUGAUAUCGAAGCGGAGCAUAUCUGCACACGAGUGUGUGGGAGGUUGCUCAAAUGUUCAAAACAUAUGUGCCAGGAACUCUGCCAUAAGGGAAGCUGUGGUACGUGUCGAGAAGCUAUAUUCGAGGAAAUACCCUGCAACUGUGGCCGAUCAGUGCUUUACCCGCCGUUGCCAUGCGGUACACAGCCACCACUCUGCCAUUACGAUUGCGCGAGGCCGAAAUCAUGUGGACAUCCACAGACAUCGCACAAUUGUCACACUGAUGACGAAAGCUGUCCCAAAUGCCCGUUUCUAACGGAAAAGCGCUGCCUGUGUGCAACAAAGACGUUGAAGAAUCAACCCUGUUGGCUGGCAGAUCCGCGAUGCGGCCUUGUAUGCAACAAGGAGCUCAAAUGCGGCUCCCACACAUGCAAAAACCUCUGCCAUCGGCCGGGAGAGUGCGAAGACUUGGCCCAACCGUGCCAGCAGCCUUGUGGAAAGAUCAAGAAACUCUGCUCGCACCCGUGUUCUGAUCCCUGCCAUGCUCCAUUUCCCUGCCAGGAGAAAACCCCGUGCCAAUCCCUCAUCACAAUAACAUGCCCCUGCGGCCGUUUAAAACAAGAAAAGCGCUGCAACGCUUACCGAGACAACAGAAACCGUCUCCAACAAACCCAAAGUCAAGCCCCCAGUGCCUUAAAAUGCGACGACGAAUGCGCGCGUCUCCAACGCAACCGUUCCCUCGCGUCCGCCUUAAACAUCUCCAUCGACCCAUUCACAACCUCGGCAACAACUGACGGAGACUCCUUGGCGACAGCCACCCUCCCCUACUCCCCUGAAACCCUCGACCUGUACCUCACGCUCUCCACAACCUCCACGCUCUCCACCCUACAAACCUACGAAACAACCUUCUACACCCUCGCCACAAGCCAAACAAAGCGCAGUGCCCGCUUCCCGCCCGCCCGCUCACAACUCCGCGCCUUCAUCCAUUCUCUAGCCGCAGACUGGGGGUUCAUAUCCGAAUCCUACGACCCAGAACCACACCGGCAUGUCGCUGUCUUCAAGGGCGCGCACUGGGUGCCGCCGCGCGGCCUUGGCGCUGAGGUGGCAGGCGGGACAGUGGCGCAGGUUGGGAUCGGGAUUGGCGGGCUGAGUGUUGGCGAAUGCGUGAAGAUGCGCGAAAGGGAAAGGACGCGUUCUAGAGAGGCAAGGAAGGCGGCUGCGGCUGCGGCUGCAGAAAGGAGUCGGGGGGUCCUUGACAGUGGUGGGGAUGGGGAUUCUGCCGCGGUUGGCGCGGGCUCAGGCAAUGGUUGGGCGCAAGUUGCGUCGAGGAAACGGCCGACGGCAGCGCCGCCAGAGGCUGCGUUUGUGUUUGGAGAGGUUGGUGGUGGCGACAAGGGGCGGACUUUGGUGUUGAGGAGUGGGGUUGGGCUUGGAGGGAAGGUGAAGGGGAAAGCAGGUGCGGCUGGUUCUGGAAGUGAAAGUAGGAGUGAGGGUGGUUGGAAGCCGUUUCCUGCAGGGUUUGCGGAGGAUGUUGUUGACGAUUGGGAAGAGGAGGUUGAGAAGGAGGAGAAGGGCCAACUCGGUGUAUCCGAGAAUGGUGCCGUUGGAGGUUGA